UUUGUAGUGUUGCAUACAAUUUGUUGUUUUGUGUUAAUUAAUUAAUUAAUUAUGGAUGAUCAAAACGAUGACGAUUCCCUUUUACAAGUGCUUCUGAAAAGCUUUAAUUUAGAGGAGGCAUAUCAAUACCUAAAAGCUGCUAAGGUAACGUACAAAAGCUUGCAAUAUAUUCAAAAAGAAGAAAUAAAAGAAGCCAUACCACCUCUUGGCCUCCGAAUUGAAUUUCGGGAGAAGCUCUUUAAAUGGAAAAAACAGCAGUUCGAAAUUGAUGACGAAACGAUUUCAGUCGAUUCGAAGGUCGACAAUUGGAUGUCUGAUGAAGGUUUCAGUGGCAAAAGGGUUUUAAAUAAGUGUUUGAUAGAUAUUUUAAAAGAAACGGCAGGCGGAAGGGCGAUAUUAGAAUACAGAACGAAAAAGCUAACUAUCGAUCAAAGGGAUUUCCUUAUAAAAAUAAUAGUUGAAGAAGUUAUGUGCAGCUAGAUUAUAAUAAGAGUUCCAGAUUUUCCGUUAUUGGUAAAUGAAAUAGUCUCGAUAUUUCCAUCAGAAAAAGAAGUUCAGGGUUAUUAUUUUAUUUCAAGAGGCUGUAAAGGCAGUCCAAGUGAAAAGUUAUACUUUAAGUAUAAAAACCAGACGUCGGCGCUAGUAUUGUUCUGACAACGAAGAUUUUCGGCAAAUUACAUGUACACAACACGAUCGCAUACGAACCUCUAAACAAGAGCAUCAAAAAUACAAAUAUUUUAUUUAGUUGCUU